UCACCAAAGAAGUUUUUCUCAUUCUGUGGCUUGGACGGGCAGUAGUGUUUCUGACUUGUGGCUGCCUCCCCUCCCGUAGCUGCAGCUGCAGCUGCAGAACCAAGGACGGUCACCGCCACACGAACAGGUGAUCCCACGCCGAUGAGAGUAUGAGACCUCCCUGUCCAGCCUCUUCCACGGUUCCACUGCUCUGAACGCCCUCAGCCUGGGACCACCGUGCAGGCGGCGGCGGUGCCCUCUUGUUCUGUCCUGGUCCCGGCCGCCAUCCUAACUAACUGGGUUGCUGGGCCUGGGCGGCGCCGGCGCCCCGACACGUGGCGCGCUCCUAGAGGCCCGGCGUCGCGUCCUUUCCACGUGAGGACACGACAGUCGGCGGCCGCGUCCGGCUACUUGCCGGAUUCUGCUUUCUGUGUGAAGGCCGCCACUUUUCCGUGCCUCUCAUCUCAUCUCCUCGUCUCGCCUAGUCCAUUUCCAUUUUGUAGGGAACACUUGUCAGGACAGGCGCCUUGGCGUGAGUCGCCAUAGGAAGGGGAGGAGGCCUCCAAAAGUUUCUGUGGAGCGACGAGGACGAGGACGCCGUGGUGAGUGAGUGAGUGGUGAACGAGCUCCCUUUUCGUUCUCCGCCUCGCUCUCGUCUCAGAGGCUUUGCAGUUUGCACUCCAGACUGAUUUCACUUCAGAGCAGGAGGCAGUUGAUGGAAUGCGUGGAGCUGCUGGAUUCUCCCGAUCUCUUCUUCCUGGACGGCGGCGAUGCGCAUGCGACCGACUUCUCACUGGAGAACCAUCUCGAGUCAAGUAGCUCGGCAGGUGCCAAAAACAAAGCUGCGCCGGGUCAUAGUCAUAUUCAUAGUCAUAGUCAUAGCCGGCGUGCUCAGCUUCAUCGGAGUAACGCGCCUGUUCCACCGCCGCUGCCUGGAACCUCUUAUUAUGGCGCGCGGAGGAAGGCGAAGGCCGCCUGUCGCCGUGUCCCCGAAGGCGUCCUGGAUUCCUGGGACAGGUUGUUCUUGGAGGGAUACCAGUCUGACCUCCGUGUCUCCACAGACGGCGGCGCUGAGAUUUCGUCGCAUUCCUGCGUUCUCGUGAGUUUCAGCUCUGGCGUCAAAUCCCCUGUCCUGAGAGCUAUGCUGGAGGAAGCUAGACUGAGAGAUGGGUUUCGGUGUAUCCGUGUCUCUGGCGCGCCUUCGGAAGCAGUCCGUGUCUUCAUCAGAUUUCUCUACUCUUCACGGUUUGAGCAGGAACAGAUGAAGGAGCACGCUCUGCAUUUGCUUGUGCUCUCCCACGUCUUCUCGGUGCCGUCUCUGAAGACGGUCUGCGUCGACCAACUCGAGAGGGGCUUCCUCGCUACUGACAACGUGGUAGACAUGCUGCAGCUUGCCAGGCUGUGUGACGCGCCCCGCCUCGCGCUCGCCUGUGCCCGGAUGGUCAUCGGGGAUUUCAAGACCAUCUCUCUGACGGAUGGGUGGAAAGUGAUGAGACGGACCAAUCCAAGUAUGGAACAGGAGCUGCUCGAGUCUCUUGUCGAAGCUGAUACGAGAAGGCAGGAAAGAGCUAAAAGGAUGGAAGAAAAGAAAGUGUAUCUGCAACUGUACGAAGCAAUGGAGGCGCUGGUCCACAUCUGCCGGGACGGAUGCAGGACGAUCGGGCCUCGAGAUCAAGCGCUCAAGGGCAGCCUAGCAGCCGCCUGCAAGUUUCGCGCCUGCAAGGGCAUUGAGCUGCUCGUGCGCCACUUCUCGGCCUGCGGAGUCCGGGUGCCCGGCGGCUGUGCCAACUGCAGGCGGAUGUGGCAGCUCCUCGAGCUGCAUUCCCGCAUGUGCUUCCUCCCGGACACCUGCAAGGUUCCUCUCUGCAGGCAUUUUAAGGAGAAGAUGCGGAAUCUGGGGAGGAAGGAAGAGACCAAAUGGAACCUUUUGGUGUGCAAGGUGCUGGAGCGCGGAGGAACCAUGGGUUUUAUGCCCGGAAGGAGAAAAAAUUUCAUCAACCCUAAGGCCAGCUGGGUGUUGCCACGUGGCUCCUCUUGUAUUUGAAACACUCAAACCUCGCAGGGGUACUUUUAUGUUAGACGAGAAGGGGACCAGGAGGAGCAGGAACAAAAAAGAAAAACGUCAGAACAGCUGUUGCGUGAAUCGUGAUGAUACUUUAAAAAGGAAAAAGCAUCUAAUUUUGACCAUCCA